AUGCUCGAAGUUGCUUUGGAUGCAGCGAAAGGUAAGGAAGUAUCCGUUGGAUAUCUCGACGAAAUUCGUCAUAUUGCUGCGAAUAAUCCCAAUCAAUCAGAUUCAUAUGCUGCUAAAUAUAUUCUAUGUGCACAUGCAGCUCACUACUGUGACUUUGUGGAACCUGAUUAUUUCGUCAAUCUAGCCGAACUUUUAUCCAUUAACCAUGUGGAUAUUCGUCAAUGUGUUAUGUGGACUUUUGCAACGAUAUUACCAAUCAAGAAUUUUCUUACUCCAUUAUUGAUUCAAUUAUUGUUUAAUUCGUUGAAAGAUGAAACAUUAGGUUGGAGUAUUUCUUAUCUAUUUCGAAAAAUGUCUGAAAACGACAAAUACAUUUCAAUGGUGCCCGAUACGAAGUGGGAAUCUAUGUCAGAAUUAUUGUUCGAUAAAAAACUGAGCGAACAAGUUCGUACGACGAUCGUUUAUACAUUAAGUCAAGUGUUCAAGGUUCGAAGAAUGGUUGCACUUGCACCGUUUAUCAAAGAUAAAUUUGAAGAAUUAGUGAUGGUUGAUGAUCUUCCGAAACGACUUUUUAUUGCAACAGUCAAUGCAUUACAUAUGAUGACCAUUGUUGGUGCUAUUCUCGAACGAAAAACGAUGGAUAGAUUACGUCAACUCGCAACGAAUAAUGAUGCAGCAUUCAUUGUAUGUAUUCAUGAAUUACUCGAUUUUCUCGAUCAUAAACGAGUUUUAUCGAAUGCAGCAAGUUUUAUGGGGAAUAGUCAAGUGAAGAAAGAAUUGACUGUUAGUCAAGCCCCAUCGAUCUCUUGUUGCGGAGAAGAAUCGAGCGAACCAACAUCAAAAGCGCUUAGUCCCGAUCAUAAACUCGGUACAGUCGGUUAUUUAGAUCGAACAUUUAAUGCCGAAGUACAACCCAGAAUGAUUUCAUUUGGUCACAGCCAAGUUUGGUAUCAUUCGGCCCUGCAAAGAAUCGAAAAGCUAACAGCAUUAGCUAAAACAGGUCAAUUAAAAGAUCAAGAUUUUGAUUAUUUGUUAACAAAGUUCAGAGAGACGUCUUUUCUCGGCUGGACGAAAUGGAAGACCGAAUCACCCAUACAUCCAAUUAUUGUUACUGCUUUUCGAGAUGCAGCGAUGGCUGAGCAAGUUAUUUCAUCAGACAUUAUCAAUGAAAUACUCUCACAAUUAAUAGAUGCAUUAAGCGAUCAACAAAUGAGAGGAGUUGAAAAAGCAUUAACCAAAACAAACGAUUCUGCAGUAAAACAGAACUUAAUCGAAAUUUACGCUCUCUAUGUUUCCAAAGGUUAUCAUGUAAAAUUAGAUUUAAUGUCGCUUGAAAGAAAUUUACAAGACGUUAAGACAUGUUUAACAGCUAGUUAUCUUUUCUUCAAAGCAGCUGUUACUGAGAAACGUACUUUUUCUGAUCGAACGAUGCGAAUUCUUUGUCAAGUCGGCAUGCGUGGUGAAUACGACAUCAAAGCACGAAAUAACUGUUUAUGGGCUCUGGCUUACAGUAUUCGUGAAACGAAAGGUAAACAAUCGAUCUCUUCAGAAUUGAUCAACAAUCUUAUUGAAAUACUUCUCAGUCCAGAGAUGAGUAUCAAACAAACAGCAGCAGCGGCACUUUGUUAUUAUGGCAUGGACGAAAAUAUGGUUUUAUCUGCGAAAGUUCUUGAACAAUUAGCAGUUCUACUAUCAGAAAAAGAUCAAAAUUCGUUAGAUAAUAUCGUGUCUCUCUAUCGGAAAAUGUCUAAACAACAUGAAAAAAUUCCAGUUGUAGCUUUGGAAAAUCUUGCUCGACUUCUUCAACAUCCAGAAUUUUCCUUACGUCAAAAAGUUAUUUGGACAUUCAAACAUGUAGUGGAUGACGGACAAGAAUUAUCAAUGCCCAUUGUUGAUCUGAUCGAUCUUUGUUUAGAUGAUCAAGAACUACAUAUUCGAAAUCCAGCAGGUCGAACAUUUAUCACCUAUUGGCAAGAUCAACUUGUGCGAAAUGGCAUACAAAUCUCGGCUUUGGAAUUUCUUCGGCAAUUGAUAGAGAAAGAUUAUAAUCUACCUGAAUCAAUUCUUCAGUUAAUAGAAAUAUGUCUUUAUGAUCGGGAACCAAAGAUUUCUUCCACAACCAUCGCUGUUGUUGAAACCUACGUUCGUCGACGACCACUACGAAAAGCCACUAUUGUUUGUUUGGAACAUUUAUUAACCACUGAAACGCCAAGUGUGCCGAACAUCAUCGCUAUUUUGAAAACUAUUGUUGGCACUGGCCAUAUCCUAUCAAAAAAAGUAAUCCAUAUUCUUGGUCAAUUGAUUUUAAAGACAAACGAUCCGAACGAUAUCGUCAUUCUUCUCACUUUUGCUGAUCGUCAUCAACCAUUACCGAAAUUGAUCGAUGAACUUCUUCGUCAAAUUUAUUUUGCUCAAGUGUUAAAAUACUCGACAUAUCAAUUGUCAAUCGAGGAAGCUGUUACUGGAUUAAUUCACUUAACUGAGCAAGGGCAACAAUUAUCAUUCUUUGUUCUCAAUACAUUAUUUGAUUUAUUGAAAUCAGCCAACCGUCAAUCUUCGUUAAUACCUAUCAUCCUCAAUGUUAUUUCUAAUGGACAAAAUAUUAAUAAUAAUGAACAUCGUGCUUUAUUAGAUCGCAUCUUUCUGGAAAGUGGUGAUUGUCCUUCACCUGAUUUGAUGUUAAUCUUUACUCAAUUGAGUCGACAAAAUCAAGCCAUUCCUAAUAAUGUUAUUAAUCAUCUGGAAAAACUGCUUGACAAUUUUUCAAUUAAUUUAUUUAUUAUCGAGAUCUAUCAACAUCUGAUUGAACGACAAAAACCACUCGACUCAUCGAUUAUUCAACGAAUUCUCAAAUUACUCGAAUGGAAUUUUUGGAAAAAAUGGUCAAUGGAUUUUCGACAUCGACUCACAUCCUUCUUUAAUGCGCUAGCUAAUAAUCGACCAAAUGAUGUCAAUCAAACUCAUCUACCUUCACUUCUUCGAGUUCAACAAUCAACGGCGAUUCUUCGGGAACUUUGUUCGGCUAUUCACACUCUAGCAGUACAUCAUCAAAAUAUUCAAAUAAGAACGAUCAAUGCUCUUCUUCAACUAUUAGACGGUGAAAUCGAUACAAGUAUUCAAGAAACCAUCUUAAAAACGCUUAAACUAGCUCAAUCGAAUUCUCGAAAUCAACGCAAUCAUUUGAAAAAAUGUCUUCCUCUCCUCGAUUAUGAUCCAAAUCUCGAUGAUCAAUCAUUUCUAAAACAAUUAAGAGAUAUAGUGAAAAUCGGUAAAAAGUUACCAGAAGUUUAUUGGACACGACUAUCACACUUGCUCUACAGUUGUGAUCUCAAUCUAAAGAAAGAAGCAGCGACUAUCUUAGCACUGACUCUUUCAUCAAGUCCAAAUCCUCCGAAAAAAAUACUCGAUGCCAUUUAUUUAACUCUAUCAGAUGAAUCGAUCAGUGUGCACACAUUACCAUUGUUGUUGAGUUCCGCAUCACCAUGGCCAUCAUCAGUAAUUGAUGAUCUUCUUUAUCUUGUUCAGCACUCAAAACAACCAACGAUUCAACAACAAGGAAAACAGCUACUUAUUACUCAGAAAGAAAGAAACGUGAAGGUACGCGAGUUUCUUUGA